GGAGCUGUUGGACAACCAGGGACUGAAAACUCCUUCAUGGAAGAGGAGAUGUUCAUGGAAGAGCUGGACAAAUGGAUGAAACAGCUGAACGAGUGUAAAUACCUCAACGAGAACCAAGUGCAGACUCUAUGCGAGAAGGCUAAGGAAAUCCUAGUGAAAGAAUCAAACGUUCAUGAGGUCUCUUGUCCCGUUACUGUCUGCGGUGAUGUCCAUGGUCAAUUUCAGGAUCUUAUGGAAAUCUUUCUUAUUGGUGGGAAAUUACCGGACAAAAACUAUCUGUUUAUGGGUGACUAUGUUGAUAGAGGCUUGUACUCAGUGGAGACUGUGACUCUUCUUGUAUCUUUAAAAGUCCACUAUCCAGAGUGCAUUACACUAUUAAGAGGAAACCACGAGAGUCGGGAUGUUACUCAAGUGUAUGGUUUUUAUGACGAAUGCCAAAGAAAGUAUGGAAAUGCCAAUGUCUGGAAAUAUUUUACAGACCUCUUCGAUUAUCUUCCCCUAACAGCUUUAGUUGACAGCCAGAUAUUUUGUGUCCAUGGAGGUCUGUCUCCCGCCAUAGAUACCCUGGAUCAUAUAAGAGCUUUGGAUCGUUUUAAAGAAAUCCCGAUGAGUGGACCAACCUGUGAUCUGUUAUGGUCCGAUCCAGCUGAGUAUGAUGGAUGGGGCCCCUCUCCAAGAGGGGCCGGCCAUACAUUUGGACCAGACAUUACUGAAAUGUUUAACCACACCAAUGGUCUUUCACUGAUAUCCCGGGCUCACCAACUUGUCGAGCAGGGUUAUGAAUGGAAUCAUAAUGAAAAGGUGGUGACCAUUUUCAGUGCACCCAAUUAUUGUAACCGUUUUGGGAACCGGGCUGCUAUCAUGGAACUGGAUGAUCCUAUAAAGUACUCCUUCCUACAGUUUGACCAAGCACCUCAAGGGAAGUGUCCUGUCGUCUCACUCUUACCUUUUUCCUAUAGACAGCCUUGGGCAAAACCCAGGGUAAAUAUUGGGCAGUAUUUGCAGAAUCUCUUUAAAAAGUAA